GUUCCUAAGGAGGAGAGUGGGUUUUUCCCCUUCUUCCUCCGCUCUUAGGACGUGCCUGAUCUUCUUGAAUAGUCCAGCACAAGCUAAUCCACAAGGUUCAGUCAGGCGAAGUAGUUGGGGGACUGUGUCAACUCUGAAUUACAAUGAGCAGCAGGGAAGGAUCUGUCAGCUGACUAAUCAGGGAUAGUGAAUUUUUUUUGCAGCUCUGCCGCGGCAGUGGCAAUGGAAGCAGCCGUAGCUUUGUUUGAUAGAGAUUUUUGGCUGCUGGUUUUAAAUACCACCCAAGAAGCAGCUCGUAUUUCAUCAAUGUUGCGUUGACAAUCGGAAAAGAAGAGUGUAAUUGUGUAUAGGCGAGAUGGCAGAAGCAAAUCCCCCGAGAGGCAAGAUGAGGUUCAGAAGGAAUGCGGCCUCUUUCCCUGGGAGCUUACACUUAGUCUUGGUUUUACGUCCCACCAGUUUUCUUCAACGGACUUUCACAGACAUUGGAUUUCGAUUUAGCCAGGAGGAUUUUAUGCUGAAAUUACCAGUUGUUAUGCUGAGCUCAGUUAGUGAUUUGCUGACAUACAUUGAUGACAAGCAAUUAACCCCUGAGUUAGGCGGCACCUUGCAGUACUGCCACAGUGAAUGGAUCAUCUUCAGAAAUGCUAUAGAAAAGUUUGCUGUUACCGUGAAAGAAAUGGCUCAGAUGUUGCAAUCCUUUGGAACAGAACUGGCUGAAACAGAGCUACCAGAUGAUAUUCCUUCAAUAGAAGAGGUCCUGUCACUUCGUGCUGAAAGGUAUCAUCUGUUGAAGAAUGACUUAACAGCUGUAACCAAAGAAGGAAAAUUUCUGCUCACGAACCUGCAAGUGCCUAACACUGAAGAAAUUGCCAGUUCAAGUCUUGAAUGUUCUCAGCAAAUAAGUGGUGACUGGCAAACUAUUAAUAAGUUGCUGGCUCAAGUGCAUGAUAUGGAAAUCGCUUUUGAUGGAUUUUGGGAAAAGCACCAGCUAAAAAUGGAGCAGUAUCUACAACUGUGGAAGUUUGAGCAAGACUUUCAAGAGGUUGUGACUCAAAUUGAAUUUUUAUUAAAUCAACAAAGAGAACUGGGUGAUGUAACAGGGAACGUAGCUCAAGUAAAACAGAGACUUAAAAAAAUAGAGUUCUUGGAUGAAAAAUCUCAGGAGCUGUUAGCCAAGGUCCGGCUUGUGAUACUACAUGGCCACAAGCUUGCAUCUAGUCACCACUAUGCACUUGAUUUAAUCUGUCAGAGGUGCAAUGAGCUACGCUACCUUUCUGAUAUUUUAGUUAAUGAGAUCAGAUCAAAGCGGAUACAGCUGAGCAGGACUUUCAAAAUGCACAAACUCCUACAGCAGGCGCGUCAGUGCUGUGAUCAAGGGGAGUGCCUCCUGGCUAAUCAGGGAGUGGAUAAGUUUCAGACUAAAGGAGAUGCCCAAAAAGCACUUCAGGACGUGAAUAAUUUCCUUCAAAUGUCUGUGCCUUUCAUCAAUUAUGAUAUUGAAGACCUGCAAUAUGAAUUUGAUGUGCUCCUCUCUCCUGAACUCAAGGCUCAAAUGCAGAAUGUACAACUCAAGCUUGAAAAUAUUCGAAGUAUAUUUGAGAACCAACAGGCUGGUUCUACGAACCCAAACGAUGCACCCAAAAGGCCAGACCAGUGUGUGAUUCCUGCACCUGAAAAUAUGAUGCUAUCACAAGCAAUGUUCUUUUCACCUAAGCAUGUGGGAAUUGGAUAUUCUUUCUUUCAAGCAUGUAAACUUUUUUCAAAAGCAAAGAAGUCUUGGAGACAGAUUCAAGCUGAGAGCAAUGUGAAAAUUGAAGUCGUUCAUGAUAGCCAAGAGAAGAGGAAUUCUGAGGAAUCUCCAAGAUUGGACAAUAGCUUGGCUAUUUUAAAGAACCAUGUCCUGAAUGAGCUGAUCCAGACAGAGAGGUCAUAUGUUCGAGAACUCUUCACUGUUUUGUUGGGCUACAGAUCUGAGAUGGACAAUCCACAGAUGUUUGAUCUUAUGCCACCUCUCCUGAGAAAUAAAAAGGAUGUUCUUUUUGGAAAUAUGGCAGAAAUAUAUGAAUUCCAUAACAACAUUUUCAUGAGUAGCCUGGAAGAUUGCUCUAACGCUCCAGAAAGAGUGGGACCUUGCUUCCUGGAAAGGAAGGAUGAUUUUCAGAUGUAUGCCAAGUACUGUCAAAAUAAACCCAGGUCGGAGUUAAUUUGGAGGAAAUAUUCAGAAUGUGCCUUUUUCCAGGAAUGUCAAAAAAAAUUAAAACAUCGACUUGGUCUGGAUUCCUACUUGCUCAAACCAGUUCAGCGAAUCACUAAGUAUCAGUUGCUUUUAAAGGAGCUCUUAAAGUACAGCAAAGAAGGUGAGGGGACAACUCAGUUAAAGGAGGCGCUCGACACAAUGCUGGACUUGCUGAAGUCAGUGAAUGACUCUAUGCAUCAGAUUGCAAUCAAUGGCUACAUGGGAAAUCUGAAUGAAUUGGGCAAGAUGAUUCUGCAAGGUGCAUUCAGUGUUUGGCUAGGACACCGGAAAGGUCCCACAAAAAUGAAGGAUUUUGCAAGAUUCAAACCCAUGCAGAGACACCUUUUCUUGUAUGAAAAAGCUGUUGUGUUCUGUAAGAGGCGUGUGGAAUCUGGAGAAGGUGCCGCUAGAUACCCGUCAUACAGCUUUAAGCACUGCCUGAAAAUGGAAGAAGCUGGAAUCACAGAGCACGUGAAAGGUGAUAACCGCAAGUUUGAAAUAUGGUAUGGUGAGAAAGAAGAGACUUACAUUAUUCAGGCUCCAAAUAUUGAUGUGAAAAUGUUAUGGUUAAAAGAAAUCAGAAAAAUUUUGUUGAAGCAGCAAGAACUUUUGAUUGCUAAAGACCAGCAGGGUCAGUCAAGAGAGCAAGAUCAACUUCCUUGUCAGCAGAAGAAUGCUCAACUAUGCAAAAGCUCACCUAUUUUUAUAUGUGACUUUUUCAGAAAGCAAGAGGAAAUUUUUAUAAAUGUCAUGGAAGCAGGAGCAGAAAUGGAGCAAACCAGUGCCAUGGUGGAGUUCAGGGAGGCAAUUGUACCACUUCGGGCAGAAGCAAGUUCCACAGCUUGGAUUGAGAUGCCACCAUCUCCAGAAGGCUCUGCAGCAGCAGAACAUUCAAACAACUAUAUUUACCCUACUUACAAUGACAAUGGAGAAGAUAGGCCACAAAUGGUUAGUAUGGCACACUACAUCAAAUUUCCAGAAGCACUUUUACUGAUGAGAUAG